AUGCAGAAAGGCCUGAAGAAAUACUUUGUGAACAUGGACGAGUACCUGUCCAGUCUGGGACUGUACCGGAAGAUGGUGGCGCGAGACGCCUCCAGUCUGUUCCGGGCCGUGUCGGAGCAGCUGUACUUCUCUCAGAACUACCACCAGAAGAUCCGGCAGGACUGUGCCAACUUCAUGAGAGCCAAAAGAUGCAACUUUGAACCGUUUGUCGAAGGAUCGUUUGAGAAGUACCUGGAGCGUCUGGAGGAUCCAAAGGAGACGGUGGGUCAGGUGGAGAUCAAGGCUCUGUGUCAGCUUUACAGGCGAUGUUUCCUGAUCUAUCGUUACCCUGGGAAACCGGCCACUGUCAUCACAGAGGUAGACUUUGAGGACAAGGUGACGCUGUGCUGCUCCAUCAACGGUCACUACGACAUCGUUUACCCGAGGAGUUACCCCGGCUCUGCUGCUCUCUGCCAGUCUCUGCUGUACGAGCUGCUCUACACUCAGGUGUUCGGCUUGGAGGAGGCGGAGCUCUGUCAAGCCAUGGAGGCGUUCAGAGUGGGAGGUCGUCGCUAUAGAAACAGUCCAUCGGUGUGCAGCGACGUUGACGUUGGAUACGACACACCCGAGGACCGAAACCACGGGGAGGAGCUGGAGGCGGGUGGAGCUGCUGAGGAAAAAGCUCGAGCUGCAGUGGAGGAGGUGAAGGCUCCAGCUGAUGCCCCGCCCCCUUUCAGGCUGACCCUUUCCUAUAAGGUGAUGAAGUCUCUGGAUGGAGACGUUUACAGGAACCUGGAGUUCGACGUGUGGCAGGACACCUGCAAAGAGAUGCAGAAGACGGACUACAUGGUGUUUGCGGGUCGGCAGUACUUCCUGGGAGACAAGUGUCAGGUGCGUCUGGAGCCGAAGGGGAAGUUCUACAAUGCCUUCAUCCAGGAAGUGGGAACGCACCCGGCAGCCGUCACCGUCUUCAUCGAGGAGCUGGGAGAGAAGCACCUGGUCCCUCUGACGGACCUGAAACCAGUCAACCCAGUUCCUGCCUGGAAUGUGGCCCCGCCCUCAAGGAAAGGAGAUAUGGACUCGGACGCUCGCGGUCAGCGUCGUCAUCGCUACUUCAGGAAGUCUCGGGGCAGCAGUGGGGUGAAAGGGGCGGAGCUACUGAUGCCACCACCUUCCACUUACGGAGGCCCAGCUCCCUCUGCUCUGCCGCCACGUUUCCAGCCGGCAGGUCACCCCCGUCCGCCGCCACCUCCAUCACCUGGAGCCAUCACCUAUGAGACCUAUGUCCCCCCACACCACCACCACCACCACCACCCCACAGCCAGACCGCCUCGCUACGGAGCCUCCAGAAGCUCUGCCCGUUUCCUGAACCGACAUCUGAUUGGUCCGCAGCUGACCUACUACCACACUGGUAGAAGAUAUUACCAUGACUACGAAAACUACGCCUUCAGGUCACGUCGCAGUCGGCGCCACCUGACGGCAGCUCUCAACAAGGAGUGUCAGUUCGGGUUCCCGGGGGAGGUGGUGGAGGAACAGGCGGACCUGGACGGAGCCAUCACGUACUACCAGCUGGAUGAUGCCAACGAAGCCAUCUUCCCUCCGCUGCCGGGCACAGCUGGGGCUCCGCCCCCAACCAUAGGAACCCCAUCAGGGCCCUCGGGCUCUUCCUAUAGAGUCCAGAGGGCUUCGGGGCCCCUCCCCCCUACACGUCCUCCAGGAAACUCCCCGGUCUGCUCCUCGGAGGAGGACCAGGAGGACGUGAGCACCGUGGAGGACCAGGCUGACUACGCAGAGGAGUUCAUGUACAGCACUCAGGAUCAGAGCUACCAGGCGCCAGGUGUUUAUCCCACUGCAGACCCCACCCCCCCUCAGGAUGAGCAGGAAGGAGGCGUGACAGAGUCUUUGGGCAGUCAAGACAUGAACUUCAGCUACACGCAGCAGGUGGUGAAGCCGCUGGCAGCCAUCUGCUCUUCACCCUCCUCUUCAUCCUCACCACCCUCCUCCCCCUCCUCACGAGUUCCUGCGACUGCUCACCUGCAACCAAACACGCAGACGCGCUCAGGUGUACACACACACACACGCUCGGUUACCAUGGCAAUCCCAGCCACUGCUCCCUGGUUGGUUAAUGAGCUGGGGGAACCUCUGUGCGCCGUCGUGGCUCCGCCCCCUUACUCCUACGAUCCAAACGGCAGUGAUUUACCACGGGACUGCAGAGUACUGCAGUACUACUUCAACCUGGGCGUUCAGUGGUACCAGCAGAGCUGCUGGCAGCAGCAGCAGGUGUACCCGCCCACCUCAGCGGAGGCCUCUUACCCCUACCAGCACUACCCCUCCUACCUGAGCCAGGAGCCCCCCCUGCACGCUGCCCCCACGGCGUUCCCUGAGACCGGCCGAGGCGCCCACCAGCCCUCCUCCUACCCAGAAUCCUCCAGGGCAGCAGACGGACAGAUGGAGGGACACGGCAGCGGAGCACCACCCUCAUUGGAAGGCCCCACCUCCUCCGUCAGCCCCGCCCCUCCAGGCCCCGCCCCUUCAUCGGCUGUCCUCUACACGGAUCAGACUGGUCUCCCCCCCCCGCUGCUGCACCUCCCGUAUGAAGCCCCGCCCCCUGCAGCCUACAUGACCACGGCCCCUCUCUCUCACCCCGCCCACCUGCCCCACCACUCCUCCUUCCACACCUGCCUGCCCCCCUCCACCCACUGGGGGACGCUCUCUGCAGGCCACACCCAACGGGUCUACUGUCCUGCCCCCAACCCCACCCACGUGGUCGGCUACAUCACUGCCCCGCCCUCUCAGCACACGGCCACCCACUACAUCCCCCCCUCCCUGCCCCCCUCCAUGUGA